AUGGAAGCCGAAAGUGUGGAAGCGGGUGAUAAAAAUCACUUGGGCAAUGUUUUAUCAGAAAAUGAAAUCUCAAGUUUGCCCGAUGGAUUUGCAAAUAAAAUAAAUGCUUAUAUUGAUACAAAAUUUGAAGAAUACCUGACCUCUAAGGCUCUGCUCGAAAGCAGUAAAGCACAGAUAGGUGACAAAAUAGCCACAUCUGAAGCUACAAUACUUGAACUAACAUCUAAAUAUGAAGAAACAUCAAAAAAAUUAAUAGUAGCCGAUGAAACUGUAGCUGAACUUGAAAAGCAAGUUGGAACAUUAAGUUCGGAACUGAAUAAAGCAAAUGAUAAAAUUGUUCGCUUGGAGAAUGAAAUUAUAUCUCUUAAAAGUGCUAGGGAUGCUGCAGUUGAUGAAAGAAAUGAUUUAACUCGUAUUCUAGAAAGGCGAGAAUCUGAAAUAGAGAGGUUAAUUGCCAAUGAAACCUCUCUCUCGCAACAACUGCGCGCUGCUAUUGACUCAAAGUGUGAAGCCUUAGCAUUAAAUGAUGAAAUCCAAAGUAGGGAAUUAUCUCUGCAAUAUCGUGAAAAACGUAUAGAACAAGAAAGAACACUUUUAAAUUCUCAAAUAUCAAGUCUUACCGAAGAAGUUAAUAGAUUAACCUCUGAAUUGCAGGCACAAAGAUUAAACAGUACAAGCAGGUUAGUUAGUAUAGAAACUCAGUUAUCUGAAAAAAUAGAAGAACUGAAUGCUGCAAAUGAAACUAUUGCACAGCUGAAUGAAAUUAAAAAGAAUCUUAAUAAUCGUGCGGAACAUCUUACGCAAAGAUUAGUUGAGCAACGAGAGGUAGAAAAUAAAAUGUCAGAAAACUACAAGAAGGAACUUGAUGCUAAAACCAAACUUGCUGAUUUAUUUAAAACAAUGCAUGACGAUGCUGAAGCUAAAACUACAGAACUAACUGAAGGUAUAACAGAAUUACAGAAGCUUUUAAAUGAAGCUACGGAAAAAUAUGGUGAAUUAGAGACCAAGUAUAAACAAUCAGAGUUAGAUCAUGAAGAAUUAUUAGAAAAGAAGAAUGAGAUUAUAACAUCAUUGAAGAGUGAAUUAGAACACGCUAAUGACAUGCUUAAGGCAGCAGCUGCACAGAAUUUAGAUAUGGCACUCAGUGACUUAGCACCUUCAGCAGCCACAGCAAGUAAACUUUUAAAAUCUGGCAUGUCAUUGACUCAAAUCUACUCACAGUUGGUUAAAGUUUCUGAAGAAUUAAACCAGGAAAAAGAAGAAAAUAGACGGCUUAAUAUAACCCUUAAUUCGAUUAUCCAAGAGUUAGAAGAAAAGGCGCCGCUCUUACAAAAACAAAGAACCGAUUAUGAAGAGACUUUACAAAGCAACGCUGCCUUGACACAACAAAUAGAUUCUUUAACGAUUGAAUGUAAUAGACUUAGAGAUGACUACAGUGAGUCCUCCAAAAUUGCAAGCCAUUACACCAGGGAAAAUUCGAAAUUAAAAGGAGAACUAGCCGAUUUGGGUCGACAAGUAUGCUUUUUACUAAAAGAAAUAGAACAUAGUCGAGGUGGCUUAUUAAAUGGUGAUCAUGAUACAUCUCAUGUUACAAAUACAUCCUCAUCUGACCUUAAUUCUUCUCGAAUUAUAUCAAAAACACUUGUCACUUUUAGUGACAUUCAAGAGUUACAAUCUAAUAAUCAAAAAUUGUUACGAAUGGUUCGUGAGUUGACGGACAAGCAAGAAGAACUUGAAAGACACAAGGAACAGUUUGAGAGUGGGGAAAUGGAGAAUAAAAUAGAAGCUCUUAAAGCUCGCAUAUUAGAGUUAACUGAAGCACAAGAAAGACAGACGAAGAUGGUUAACGGUUUAAUUAGGCAGCGUGAUAUGUUUAAGAAGUUAUAUCAUGAUCACAUGAAAGGAAAACGCCAUGAAAUGUCAUCAGUAUUGGAUUCUUCAGAUAUGGAAAAAUCUGAUUCAUUCCCUGUCGAAACUACAUUGCCCGAGAAAUCGGCUAAACCUGUUCUUAUGGAAGCAACAGCUUAUGAAAUUAAAUGUAAGGAAUUAGAAAAACAACUUGAUCAUUUAAAGGAGGAGUACAAAACAUACAAAGAGGAGAAAGUAACAAAUGAAAGAAUGUUAUAUGAACAAAUUGAUAAUAUGAGACAAGAAAUAGCAAAACUUACUGCUGCUAACAGCAAAUGCUCAUCCACCUCAGAGUAUAAUAAUGAAAGACUUAAAAUAUUGCAAACUAACAUUACCACUUACAAGAAACAAAUAAGUACUCUAGAAGAAAAAAAUAAAGCUUAUAAUGCUACUAUCGCUAAACACGAAGUUUCCUUACAACAUUUAAGGGAUGAAGCAUUAAACGCACAGAGUAAACUAGCUGCAGCUGAAAUUCAGCUGGAAAAUUUAAAACUUGAAUGUAAACUACUUAAAGAUGCUGAGCUUCGCGUACAGACAGAAAAAGAAGUACUUAACCGUGAGAGACAAGGACAGUCGCUAUUAUUAAAAAAUUUGGAACUUAUUAAAGCUAGUUUAGAACGCGUAGAAGCAGAAAAUCGUGUCAAAUUGGAGUCUAGAUUGGAUGAAGCUGCAAGAGAAUGUUCCGCCUUAAGAAGAAGGUUGCAAGAAGAACAAGACAGAUUCAGAGAAUUAGCAUCCCAUUUGGAACGCCAAACAGAAACAGCAAAACAACGUAUGCAAGAGGAAAAAGAUGCCGCAGACUUGAUGCGAAAAGAAAUUACACAGCUUAGAAGUGACUUAAGUGAAAAGAAUAAAUCAAAUGAAGAACUUGCAAAGAAACUUAAAGUUGCUCUUGCUCCAAAUACUGAUAGUGCUUUAGAUACUAUAAAAAAAAUUAAGGAAUUGGAAAAUAAACUAUCUGAGAAGGAAAGCGCAAUGAAAUCUCUUACAGAUCAAUUAAAUAUAGCAAAAGAACAUAUAAAACAAUAUUGUGAUAUUUCAGAAGGCGCUGAAAAACAAAUGAAGGCUCUUAGCCUAGAAUACGAAAGUUAUAAAGUCGAAACUGAAGCAAAACUCACAGAAUAUGCUCAGAAAGUACAAAGUCUGGAAGAAAAAUGUUCAGAACUAGAAGCUGAAUUAUCACUGCAAAAUAAUGGAGAGUAUUCAAAUAUUAAUGUUAACUUAAGGAAUGAAUUAGCGAGUUGUAAAGAAGAAUUAGCAACGGCAUUGUCCAAUUUAGAGUCCAGUCGUGUUGAUUUAGAAAGUGCUAGAUCAGAUAUUAGUAAACUGUCCGAAGCUGUAGCAAAAAGC